AGGGGGUUUGAAAUGUGUAUAGAAUAGAAACACAAGGGAAAGAGAGACAGAGCGACAGAGAGAAAGAGAGAGAGGAGAGAGAAACCUGUCCGUUUGACAAUGCUGGAAUAGGGUACACAAAAAGGAGUCGAAUCAAACACAAGGAUUUGCCUGUGAAGAAAAAUAUAUAGAAAAAAAAAAUGCCACAAAAAUAAGUAAGGCUUAGCUGUCUUCCUAUUGUAGAGGAUACAGGAUGUACCAGAAUAGACUGCUGAGAAAGGAGCGAUUUCUGUACGCAGUGUGAAGGCCAAGUGAAAGUAUUUAAAAGUCUUUGUGAUUGACCAGCAGAAGGGAAAUAAAGACACCUGUAUCACUGUGGGCUAAUUCCAGAACAAUUGUAUUGAGACUGUGCCAAAAUCCUGGUCUGUUUGAGCUCCAAAACAAGAGAAGUGAAACCAGAAGCUAGAAUCGAUGUGAAAAAAGUAUUUGGACAAAGUGUGUCUAUAAUUCUGAGCUUCCACUCUUCUGGAACUACUGCUAUCUCACCUUCUUGGUUUCUACGGCAACAGGUUUGACAAGUUCUAAUGAACUGUGUUUGAGGCCUUUGGGGAGAGUAGGCCGCCACAGGAAAUGACAUCAGUUGCCAAGGAGAAUACUGGUGCUCUUACUGAGAUUGGAGCCAGCUGAUUCUCACUUAAAGGGGAAAUACAAAACAUCUAAUAUUCUUUCAAUCAAAGGAAUUGAUCCAUCAUCCUUUAAAGUAAGAAGGUCAAGCAUCCGGUGCUUACUUUUAAAUUAAAAACUCUCAGGCAACAUUUUUAACAAGCUCUUCAAAGUGCAAUAUUUUGAGUAUUGGGAUUAAGAGAGAAAUAAAGAAAGUUGUAUAUUAUAUAUACAAUAUAUAUAAAUAUAUCCAUAUAUUCUACGCAAUAUUUACUUUCUCAUCUAUCUCCCAGUAGCAAAAGUUAAACAAACACCAGCUUUUCCACUUGAAACUGUAAACUAUUCAUUCCGUGUGACUCCAGACACAGUAUUUCUUGAAUAAAAAACUGUUUCCAUUUUAUAUCAUAUGCAACAUCCUGUUUGGUUAGCCAAAGCUGAAGAGCCCAUAAAACCACCAAUUAUUAACUUCUUAACCAUCUGUUAACUGACUUUAUCUACAAUAUACUGUUCCAGAAGAUUCUUGAUUUAUCGGGACACACAAAACCAUAGCAAGGAUAGUUGGAGCAGACUCCUGUCAGCCUCACAUGAACAAACCGACCGGAACGCCCGCUUCCUCCCAGCGAUUCCUUCUCCAGCCCCUUUUCAUGUGCAGAGCAUCCCCAGCACUGUCCAGCAGAAAGCAGUGGCAUUGUAACAGCUGAGAAGCAACACAGGAAGUGAGCCGGGCAGGCAGGAAGUGAGGACGUCGGAGAGCCGUUACCCUGGCGGCGUCAACCAUGCAGUCGGACGACCUAUUCAUCCGCAAGUUUCGCCGGCAAAGCCCCCGGCCUUCCUUGGCUGGGGUCACCUUCGAGUCGAAGAGGGAGCCGCUAAUCGGUACCCUGCGGGGGAAGGUGGUGGCUGAGUGGCCACCCAGGAAGGAAGGAGAGGAGAAAGGGUCCGGGAUAGGGAGCGGAGCACUGCGGUCUGCAGGGAGAAGCCAUGUGAUGCAGCGGAGCAACAGUGACGUGACUUUGGGGGAUCUUGAAGUGUCUGGGAAAGUGGGGGGCAGUGUGGACGGAGGGGAUAAACUACAAGGUGGGCCAGCUUUGGGGGAACAAGAUGUAGUCCUGCACAGGGAGUACGGAAGUCUAUCUUCUCUGGAAAGGCAGAGUCGAGCAAGGGCACAGAGCAGCGAUGAUCAGGGUGCCUUGAGUCCUCCAGCCCAGCGUUUCAAAGACCCCUUCCUCCUUCUAGGGCUCCAAGCAGGAGGAGCCGAACCGGAUUCCUAUUUCAGAGCUCUCACCCCUUCCGUAGUGAAGCCCAACAAAUCCGAGCUUCAGAAAAAGCCGAAAAGCCAACCUCAGCUGCAGCCCUGUAACGAGAAUCUACCCGGAGGGGCCUGGGUCAGAAACUUCGCCCACUACGAUGUGCAGAGCAUCCUGUUUGACCUAAUUGAGGCUGCUUCCAACCGCGACAGCAUUGGUCGCAAGAAGAACAUCACCUCCGGGGCCUCGGCUGCCUCUCAGCUCCGCAGCCCAGCUCUGCCUGCUCCUCCCGGGGGCGGUACUGGGACUCACUCCCCCGGAGCUGUGUUGGGAGGAAGCACCGAGGACUUGGGGCUGGACGAAGGGGAUGGGAACGACAAUGAGCUGCUGCUCAGCUGCCCGCACUUCCGCAAUGAGCUGGGCGGGGAGGAGAGAGCAGGCUUGGGGCAAUCGCAGGCACGCAGCAGUGGGCAGCCGUGCCAGCUGCAGCUGAACUUCCAGUGCCCAAACGAUGCUGUGUCCGUGCUGGAGGAGCCCAGAGAGAGCCACAUCCAGCAGCAGGGCAAGACCAGUUACUUCAUCGAGCAUGCAGACCUCGGAGCCCACUACUACCGCAAGUACUUCUACAUGAAAGAUCACCAGAAUUUCUUCGGGACGGAUGAGAGGCUUGGCCCGGUAGCGAUCAGUUUCCGUCGGGAGGAGAAGGAGGGAUCAAGUGGCUCUCAGCACAAUUACCGCAUCAUCUUCAGAACCACAGAGCUGAAGACACUCCGAGGGUCAAUCCUGGAGGAAUGUGUCCCGACAGCAGCCCGACACCCCACCCCUCGCGGCCUGUCCCCCAAGAAGCUGCUGGAGUACAUCAUCCCCGAGCUGAACCUGCACUCCAUCCGCCUGGCCUCCACCUCCCCGAAAGUCAGAGAGACCCUCCUGAAACUGGACGAGCAAGGGUUGAAUUUCCAGCGCAAGUUUGGUAUCAUGUACUGCAAGGCAGGUCAGAGCACGGAGGAGGACAUGUACAACAAUGAGAGUGCCAGCAGCUCGUUUGAAGAGUUCCUGGACCUGCUGGGGGAGCGGGUUCGACUCAAGGGCUUUGAGAAGUACCGCGCUCAGCUCGACACCAAGACCGAUUCGACUGGAUUGUACUCUCUCUACACUCGCUACCAGGACUAUGAGAUCAUGUUCCAUGUCUCCACCAUGCUGCCCUACACUGCCAACAACAACCAGCAGCUGCUGAGGAAGCGACACAUCGGGAACGACAUCGUGACAAUCGUCUUCCAGGAGCCGGGAGCACUGCCCUUCACACCAAAAACCAUCCGCUCCCACUUCCAGCACGUCUUCAUCAUCGUGCGCACCCACAACCCCUGCAGUGAGCACACCUGCUACAGUGUGGCAGUGACACGCUCCAAGGACAUUCCACUCUUUGGUCCUCAUUUCCCUAAGGGGGCGGUGUUUCCCAAGUCACCCGCCUUCCGUGACUUCCUGCUGGCCAAGGCUCUGAACGCAGAGAACGCAGCGGAGAAGUCGGAGAAGUUCCACGCCAUGGCGACCCGCACAAGGCAGGAGUACCUCAAAGACCUGGCGGACAACUACGUCACCACCACCCCUAUCGACUCUUCCUCCAAGUUCCCUCUCCUCUCCCUCGGAGGAAAGAAGAAGGAGAAGCUGAAAGGCUCCAAGGGGGCCGAGCUGCACAGUGCUAGCGCCCUCGUGUGGGCAGUAGGAGCGUCGCGGCAGCCCGGGGUUUGGGAUUGGGUGCAGUGCCUGCUGGGAAUCUCUGCAGAGUUCGUGGUCCUGAUUGAACGCAGGUCCCGGAGGGUGGUCUUUAACUGCUCCUGCCGCGAUGUGAUUGGCUGGACGGCCCGGUCGGGCGGGACCGCGCUGGAUAUUUAUUACGAGAGAGGCGAGCUGGUGUCCCUGUGCGUGCUCGAGAACCAGGCUGAAGACAUCAAGGAAAUCAUUCAGAGGCUGGAGUUUGUGACAUGUGGCUGUGAAACGCGUCAGGUGACUCCGUUGCGGAACAGCGUGGGUCACGUGGGGUUCACGGUGAACGACGAGGGCUUUGUGACCGAGGUGGAGCGGUUCAGCUACGCGGAGAACGGGGGUCUGCAGACGGGGGCCAGGCUGGUGCAACUCUGUGGCGAGCUCUACCUGUCCCUCACCCCCGCGGAGAGAAGCGAGCUCCUCCACAAUGCUGUGAAAGUGCACGUCACCGUCAUCCCUCCGGACGAGAAUGGGAAGCCACGCAGGAGUUUCUCGGAGCUCUACCUCAAAGCAAUCCAGGACACUGAGCGCAAGUCAGAGGGCUGGGAGGCCUGGGUCCUGAGGAAGACUGAGGACGGGGUGGAGAGCAGGGUCCCGGGACAGCAGCGAGAGGGAGAGGGCGACGGGACAGAGGUGCCUCUACUCAGCCCCCCCAGCUUGCCCCUGUUUCGAGCAACCUCUCUGCAGGACAGUCCCGUCGUGGAGCCCCUCCCCUCACCCCUGGUGCGCAGCUACUCCCUGGAGAAACGUCCCGCCCUGGAAGAAGCCAAUGGGAACAGGCAUGUCUAUGACAAUGUGGGAAUGCAGCUGGACUGCAGGUCAGACUCUGUGUAUGAGAAUGUCCCGAGGCUUGUGGGCACGACUCCUGACCUCAUUCUUGCGGUCAAGCCCAGGAACCCAGCAAAGGAGGAGGAUGAGAUUCAGAAGCAGUUUUCAGGACUGGACCUGGGUGUUGAGGAUCCCUCUGUCAGUGACCCCCAGUGUCGCACAAUCCCGCUGGGCUUCUCAAGCAGGGCAGACAGGAGCUCGCGAGCCCUGAGUAUCCAGAACUCCAUCACGAAGAUUCUCUCAGAAAAUCCUGACUCUACAGAUGAGGAAUGGCAGUCGAUCUCAGACUUGGCGACGGCUUGUCGGAGCAUCUUAGAGGCGCUGUCGAGAGAGGAUCGGAAAGCUGGAGACGGAGCUCAGUCUAGCAGCGACACGUCUGUGACAUCACAAGAAGACAUGAAAACAAUGAACAAGAAAGAAGGGGAUUCUCCGGGCAAUCUUGAAGACAAAGUGUGUCAACUGGAAGCCAGGCUCAAACAUCUGCAGGAUGACCUCCAAAAGGAGAAAGAGGACAAAGCAAAUCUGCAGGAGGAGCUCCAGAGCCUGAGACAGAACAACCAGCGUCUGCAGGAGGAGUCUCAGUGCACGGUCGCGCGGCUCAUCAAAGUGACAGAGCUGCUGUGCAACGUCAACAAGCCCUACUAGGACCUCCGAACUGUGACCUUUCACCUGGGACCCCGCCGCGUGCAUGCUCGGGGAGGGUGCAUGCUGUCCAUAUCCUUCUUUAUUUACGGGGUGUAGGGCGUGUUGUCAGGAUGAACAACUCAAAGUGUUGGAAUCGUUGAAAAUAACCCACUGAGUUCCGUUAGGCAUGAGAGAUUCUCUGACGCAGCAAUUCUCUGCUUUGAGUUGUUUAUCCCAACUUUUCUAGUUAGACUCGAAACUUUUUAGUUCCAGUACUGCUGGUUAGUAAGGAGUGUUAACGAACCUGUUCUGAAUAUCAUGUUGGUUUUCUAGUGAUUGGCCUUCAGAAGACAAGCAGUGGUCUAUUGUUUCUGCCGUAUUCACAGUUCUCUGUCAAAAACCCACAGUUUCAGUUGACCUGGAAAAUGAAUCAACUAAAGAUCAGAGGGUGUAUCAUAGAAAUGUUUACUAAGGAUACUGUGUGUGUGUCCCUUACACAUGUUUUACAAGUUCUUUGUAGGUUAUUCCCACGCACCCAUAAGAGGUAUUAUGAAAUAUUAUAAGUUGUACAAAAGAAAGCUGUCAUUUUUUUAUUUUUUUUUGUACAUUUUGUCAUCGCCAAUGAUUUUUACCCCGGUUUUCUCCCGAAUUUGGAAUGCCCAUUUAAUAUUUUUAUUCCGGUUCACCACUGCAACUCCCAUGCCGACUCGGGAAACGGCAGCAGACACACGUGUCCUCCGAAAUGUGUCCUGCCAAGCCGUCUUUUUUUUGUGCUGCAGGUCUACAGCGAAGCCACCAGACCCAUAGUGCCGGAGGACAACACAGAUCUGAGUGGCUUCUAUUGCAGACCCGCAGGCAGCCUAUCGGCCGCAGGAGUGAACUGAGGAUUACCCUGCCAACCUGAGGCCUCCCCACCCGGGCGGCACGCGGCCAAUUGAGCCCAGAAGCCCCAGAAAGCUGUAUUUAAAGAAAAAAAGAUCAAACCUGCAGAAAUUAUUAUUAUUAUUAUUAUUAUUAUUAUUAUUAUUAUUAUUAUUAUUAUUAUUAUUAUUAUUAUUAUUAUUAGUUGGUUUAAUAUUUUUCAGCUAUAUAGUACACUAUAUAAUAUGAAAUGUUUACGAAUAAGACAUUUCAGGCCAUAUUUUCAAAGACUCCAAUCUUUAAUUAACUCCUAUGUUUUGGAAAGGAGAUAAACACCUGUUGACUUUACAAAAGUAGUAUCAAAUAUUUAAAUGUAAUUCAAGGUAUCUCCUUUUGUUUGUUUCUCAGUGCUGUACAUUACUCUUGAAUCUCCAUCUUUGAAAAAAGAGAAGUUAAUUUAAGACUAGAGUAAACGCCUUUCCUGUUUAACAAUCAUUCUUGCUGUUUCCGUUCAGGGUUUUUACCGGAAGGGUAACGGAUUGUAUGUUUAGGUUCCUAUGUCUUCUUUGCAACCUUCUUAACAGAUUUAAAGUGUUGUUUCUGCUUAUGAGUUCUAAUGGGGGUUUGUAAUAGAAAAUAAACGGUUAUUAAGGAUGUGGAUUAGAAAUUAUACCCGGAGAUACAUGAUUACCAGAAACCAAUGCACUCCAAAACCAUACUGAGCUAAAUAAAAAAAACGUGGACUUAGACAGGAUGGUACACCUCAUUAAAUCAUACAGAAAAGAGUUACAAGACGUAUAUACAGCUAUCUGAAUUCAAACCCCAUUUUAGUCUUUGCAGAGCUUGCAAAAUGCAAGGGGUGUGCACCUACGGACUUUGUGUAUUGUGAUUGGGUGCCAGUAAUGAGUCACACUCAAUCAGAGGGGUGAGCUCUGAAAUUCCAAAGCUGGGAUCUACAGAGCUCCCUGAUUGUGAUUCCAAGUUUCAAGUCUUCCGUCCGGAUCUAAACUGCAAUGGGGAGAGGUGUGUGCGUGUGUGUGUGUGUGUGUGUGAGAGAGAGAUGUGCUGUCUAUCUGUUACUGUACAAGAGAAAAAGCCCAGCCUGAUACACAAGACAGAGGCAGGCUGUGCAAAGUUUUAAAAGGAGAACUUCUCAUUCCUGCUCAAGUGGACCAACCCCUGGGAAUACGUCUCAUAAGUAACACCAUGAGGAGGGCAUGCAGCCCACACUGCUCGCACAGGGCCUCGGAGCUUAAUUACUCAACACAAAACCAAGCUUAGUGUUCCUUGUUCAUGCACGCAGGGUAACAAAAUAGCCCAGGUGAGAGCCCCAGGGGGUGUGCGUGGCUAACCUGAGUGAAACAAGCACAGCACUCCAUGAGCGCUCAUAGGGUAUUCUGUUUAUAUUACAAUGUACGGAAAGGAAAUUGUGUUUCAUCUUAACAGCUCAGUUCUCAGAAUGACUUUCUUUAGCGCAAGCUCCUCGUCUUCUUUAAGCUGUGUAAUUUGGAGUUCACCCUGUCGAUCUGACAUUGUAUCUCAAAGAAUGCCAGAUGUUCCACUUAUGCAAUAUACUGUAUGCAUUUUUUUGUAAUAGUUUUAAAAAAUAAUAAUGAAGAUAUAUAUUAAAAGCAUCACACUGUGAAAAAUUCUGAUCCAACUUUUCUCAAGAUGGAUGAGGAGUUUAUAGUAUGAUUAGUGAGUAGUUUAGUCCUUGUUCUUGUUAAGCAAUGUACAUAGCCUAGCGUUUAGGUUCUGAAGUCAAUCUGUAUUACCAUAUGCAAUGGUACUGUAUUUUUCUGUGACAAUGUGACCUUUCAACUCCCCACCUACAGCUAUAUAGAGUGGUGGGCCUGACAGAGUUGACAGGAAUGAAAUGGAAUGAGGAAGGCCGUUCUGUCCUGGCACUUAGGAUUUUCCAGACAAGCUCAAAGCAGCUCUAAUCCGGGUACAGGCAGGGUUAGAGAAACAUGAUAAGAAUGCAAUAUUGGAGGAGCAGAACCCAGAACCACUCAGAAUGGUUGCAAACACCAUAAAAUAGUCAGGUGGAUCUACAAAAGUAAUUAAAAUGACAUUCAAAGCUACUUGCUCUUUACAAUUAGAAUGUCCCUAAAUUGUUUUCUGGUGGUGUAGCAUUGCAAGCCAUAAUUGUGACUGUGCUGUCCGUGCAAUACUGUUUCAAUACUAUAUAUCAUGUUAGUGCAAUGAAGGGAAGUAUUUCAUUAUUGUAUGCAUACACAGUGUACACAUUCUGACAGUGUUUAUCAUUUGAGUUGUAGUGUUUUUGUUGCAGCUGUGUAAGCAGCUUUAACACUUUCAAUGCCAGCCCAGCGAUGUCUCAGAACUCUCUGUGUAUCUGUGUUACCCCCUGCGGGGAAAUAAUUGCAAUAUUUCAUUGUUUGUAAAUAUUACUGUUUGUUUUUUGUUUUCAUUUUAUUUUUAAGACGUGUUAAUAUAAUGAUUUUUUUGUUUGUUUGUUUUUUCAUAACUUUCUGAAAAUAUUCUUUAAUAAAAUUGAAUGUACAAAGUGGAA